AGAUGUCCGAGAGGAUAGGGAUGGCUACACAGCAGGGAAGUGUGGUAGCAUUGCACUACUGCGGCCACACGGAACUGCGCUGCAAAGCACUGCUCGCUCGAGCGCAGCACUAACGAUUGCCACGAGAAUUAACACGUAGUUUGGUAGCCCUGAUGUUCUGACCAGUUCUGACCAUGGUGGUGUAUGCAGAAUAUUUUUAUGGGUCAUGAUUCUUGAAAAAUUUACCUUUUGAAAUAUAGAAGACCUGCAAGAGUUUAUUCAGCAUUUCACCAUCUAGCAUGGAAAUUUUACGAAAACUUGAAGUGGAAAGAGAUUAAAAUUGUGUGCCUCAUAUAGGUUAAGUAAGUUCAGUGAACGGAGUGAACAGUUGUUUUCAAAACAACCUAUCAAUUUGUUCAUCUUCAUCGGUUAAGAUGUGGAGAUAUCUGUCGAGAAGUAUUACUCGUACUUUGUGUGAUGCUCACAAAGUUAAUGCUGUACAAGCAUGUGGAGUAAAGCAUAUUCCUCUACCACCGAGCUAUGACGAUGUUGAGUUUCCAGAGAGAGUCAGACUCAGGUUUUUGGAGAAAGUACCUCAGUAUCCAGGGAAUAUGCGACCACCUAAGAUGAUGAAGAAUCUUAAAUUUAUGCGAGGACCAGAAACCUUGCACAAUACUUUGCUUCAUAAACAGUAUGGCAUAAUUGCACUUGGUGGAGGACGUUUACGAUGGGGCCAUAUAGAAAUGAUUCGACUGGGAAUAAUCAGGAAACUCACUUCUGAUCGUAUAUUUGCAAUUUGGCGAAUUGAUCCCCCAUGGCAGCCUGUCACCAAAAAGGGACAAGGUCAAAGAAUGGGAGGAGGAAAAGGUGCUAUUGACCACUAUGUUACACCAGUGAAGGCAGGCCGAGUCAUUGUUGAAGUUGGAGGAUAUUGCGAAUUUGAAGAGGUAAAACGUGCUUUAAAACUAAUUGUUCACAAUCUACCAUUUAAAGCUCAAGCUGUUACACACCAAAUGCUACUGGACAAGGAAAUUAAUGAGAAGAAGUUGGAAAAAGAAAAUAAAAAUCCAUACACUUUUAAGUACAUAGUUCAAAACAAUCUUGGAGGCUGUCAUAAUUGGAUAUCUCCUGUGGACAAGAGGUGGUUUGGUAAACAUUUGUAGUGAAACAACAAACUUUUUCUGAUUUCAUAAUUAGUGAUUCAAUUGCUUAAUUUUAGUAUUGUAAAAAUGUGAUGUGUUAUUAAAGUUUGUUUUUUAAUUUGUUUAAAUGUAAUAUUUGAUUGGCCUAAACACAUUUUUUACUAUACUUGCAAGCUCAGGGAAUCUUUGCCCAAAAUCUUGGGAAAUGAUCCCAUAUGGUAGUAUGCUCCACUUCAAUAGUUCACAUCAGCAAAGUGCAGGUGAUUUGUGAGUGAAUGAGUGAAGUGAAAAUGAAUGGUGAAGAAAGAGAGACAUGUGAUUCAGGUGACAUGGAAUUCAUUGGCAAGCAGAUGUAUGACUAGAAUGGAUAUCACAAGUCAGAAGUGUUAAGCAGAAGUCAGUACGCGAGAUCAAUUUAAAGAUUUGUGAAAGACAUGUCUGAGAAUUAACAUUGAUUGGAUGGUAAAUGGUGGUAAUGUGUAAAUUGACCUGGAAGAGAAGUGUUACUUUUUGGGGUAAUGUGAAUGUACAUUGUAGAUAUUUAUUAAGCUGAUUGAACAGAAUUUUCAAAAGGACAGUAUGAAGUUUUAAAUAAGCAAAUCUUACAAGAGAUAGGGUUUGGAAUGUAAUUUGGAUUUACUACAAAUGUAUUGUUUUAAAUCUCUAUAAUUAUAUUGAUAGUGAGAAUGUAGAAGUUUGGUGAGGAGUACAUGUGUUAUUGUUGAACAGAAGCAAUUCACAAGGGGAUGAUUUUUAUUUUCAUUAAAACCUCUUGUUUCUUUGUAUGUACGUAUGUAAGUGUAUACUCUGGCACUAAACACUCAAGAGAAUACGGCCUGCCAUGAUAUUCCAGCCUGACAGCCGUGGGCUCGGGAGGCCUGUGGUAAUCCAGGCCACAACCUUUUAAACCAUUUAUUUUUCAUUCUCCAUUUGAGAAAAGCAUUUACAUUUACACAGUUAUAGGAAUUGGGAUUCAACAGUGAAAAGUACCCUAUCCCAAUAUCCCAACCGCUAUCCCAAAUAUCCUCUAAUACAUGGUGUAGCCAGAAUCCGUUUUGUGGGUCCUUAAUACUAAAAAUCAAUUCAUGGUAAAACAUCU